GGGCCACAGAAAUAGCUAAGCCAUGGCGGCAAGUGGCACUUCGCCGGAGGUGCCAAAGGUGGCAGAGAAGGCCAAGAAUGGCUAUGAAAACAGGGUCACCGCCGUUCUGGAGCAAUCCUGGCCCUCAAACGCACAGCUCGCCUUGAAAGUCUCCCACUUAGAGGCAGAUGUGCAGCAACUUCGGACCCGGAAGGAGGAGUUGGAACGGGAAAACCAGGCGCUCGCGACGGCUGCGGCGCAAGGGCCCAGCCUGGAAUUGAAGCUGUCGGAGCUGCAGGCCGAAGUCCUGAAGCUCGGAACGAGAAAUGAGGAGCUGGAACGUGAAAAGGAGGAGGUAACCAAUAGUGGCCUCGCCGAGAAACUCGCAGACUGUGAGGCUGCUCGUGAAAAGUUGGAGGAGGAGUGCAGACAGCAUCUGGCGGAAUCCGAACGCCGGGCCGAGUUGGAGAAACAGCAGGCCGACGUGGCGCGCUCCUUCCAGGAGCUGCAAAACGUGGUGUCGCAGCUCCUGCCGUGGCUUUCGGAGCUCUACGACCAGCGUAGUCGCCUACUCGAAGAGAAGAGUGCUGCAGAGGAGUCCGCCACGAAGUUGAAGUCCGAGUUGGUCCGUUGGCGGCUUCUUUGGACUGCUCCAAGUACCUUGGUGGAGGAUGGCUCUGCCAUGCGUGCCACACGUGCCAACCACUCGCCCGCCAAUGGUGCACGACGAGGCCCGACGCGGGCGUCGUCACUCUCCGCCACGAAGCGAGCGGCGGAGGUCUAUGGCCGCGACUUGCACCGCCGCCCAAGCCCCUGUCGGCUGAGGUGCAGGGCUGAGGAGGAGAAGUCCAAAGUGCCACCAGCCUUGGCGGAGCUGGAGGGGGAACUCCGGAACUUGGCGCCCACCGGUCAAAAGCCCAAUGAAACUCAGAUUCGUGAGCUCUUGACCCUGCUGAAGAAAGCCUCCAAUGGAAGCGACUCUGCAGCCACGGAAACGUCUGCCGAGCCCACCACUCUGAAGGGCGCUUGAGGCGCGAUGGAAUGGCAAUGCCAGCAAUGACCGUGACAGAUGGCGGGCCGAGGGGAGCAGACAGCAGCAAAGUCCUGG